GUCCGAUUCACCUCCACUCCGCCUAUGUUGUGGAUCAAGCGAUCCUCACAGUGGACGAGCGCGUCGUGGUGAUUCGCUUAUUGGGACGAGACGUGUAUGCAGUUUCGCGGAGCCGCUCAAGAAUUUGGCCGUGAUCUAUCUGGUGGACAUCACCGAGUCCCGGACUUCAACACCAUGUACGAGCUCUACGAUCCCUGUACCGUGAUGUUCUUCCGCAACAAGCACAUCAUGAUCGACCUUGGCACCGGCAACAACAACAAGAUCAACUGGGCGCUCAAGGACAAGCAGGAGUUCAUCGACAUUGUGGAGACUGUCUACCCCGUCGCCAGGAAAGGUCGGGGUCUCGUUGUCUCUCCCAAGGAUUAUUCCACCAAGUACCGCUAGGAACAAAAGAACAAAACAAGAACAAGAUGACUUUUCAAGCAGCUUGGAAGAUCUUAGCUCUAUCUAGUAAUGGUGGAUUGGACAAGGUAUACUCUUUUCUAGUAGAACAAGUCGACUUAAUACUUGGGUCUUUUGUUUUUCAUUUUCCAUAACUUAAGAGCACACACGAGAGGACGAAAGUCAAUACCCGAACCACUCGCCUUACAAGGUGGUGUCUCUGCAAUGCGUGCCAGCAGACAACACGGUGAAAGGCAGGAAAUUCCGAGGUGCGUUCUUGACUUUCCCCUGCUGGAUAGUAAGUAAAUAACGAAAAGUCAAAGACAAAA